CGGAGUAUCAUUGAGGCAGAAUGAAGUGUAUAAAUAUAUGUACUGUAAUCCAGAUUAAUUGUAGAUUAUAUACUAUAUAUUAUAUGCUAUAUACUAUUAUAAGCAGCGGUAACCAUGACUAAGGAUAUAGAUUUGAAGCAAUUCAGGGACGUAAGAUCGAAAUCCCUAAAGAUUAAACUAUUCGGUAAACAUAUCCAACAUUCAAGAUCUCCCUUAUUGCAAAAUUAUUCAUUUAAGAAAUUAGGUUUAGAUUGGAAGUAUGAACUUUUAGAUAGUGAAGAUAUAGAUUUAUUUAAACAAUUCUUAAAUUCAGAAGAAUGUGCUGGAGCAGGAGUUACCAUGCCUAAUAAAGUACGAAUGCUACCCCAUGUUGAUUUGGUUGAUGAUGGAGCUAAAGCAGUUGGAGCCAUUAAUACAAUUUAUAUACGUCAUGAUAAAGUGACUAAUAAAAAAUUAUUUAUUGGUACCAAUACUGAUACUAUCGGUAUAAAGAAUUCAUUUCUAUUUAAUGCUUCUGAAGUAGUUGAAAAAUCAAAACAGCAAGAACGGGUAGGUCUUGUUUAUGGAGGUGGUGGGGCUUGUCGGUCAGCUGUUUAUGCAUUAAGUGUAUUUUUAGGCUGUUCAAAAGUGUACAUUAUUAACAGAUUUUCUGAAGAAGUUGAGGCUGUUAAGAAAGAAAUGAUAAAGGGAGGCUUUAAAGGGGAAAUUGGUCAUAUUGAAACACCAGCUCAGGCUAAACAAUUAGCAAAUAAACCAUUGCUUAUUGUAUGUACAGUUCCUGACUUCGAACCCCAGACAGAACAAGAGAAGUUAGCUCGAGAAACUUUACAAGUAUUCAUUGAUCAUAAUGAAAAGGGUGCAGUAUUAGAAAUGUGCUAUCAUCCAAACCCCGAGACUCGAUUAUAUAAGGACUUUGAAAAGGGUCAUUGGAAAGUUAUUAGCGGAAUUGAAGCUAUGCUAUAUCAGGGACUCGCUCAGGAAGUAUUAUGGACCGGAUAUACCUGGGACGAGUUGCCUGUUAAGGAAGUAAUUGAAUAUGUCUAUCAACAUGUUCAUGAUUAGCUAGAAUACCUAUAUAAAAAAAGAAUUGCUGCUAAAUUGGCAUGACUUUACACAAAAAGUCGCCAUAAAGAUUUACCAACAUAUAUGCGAUGCCAUACGUAUUUUAAUUAUACAAAUAUAAAUAUAUAUAGAA